GACAGGGGGUGCAGUGGUCGGCGGGGAGGCCCCCGCGCUUUAAAAGAAUGCCCGCGGCGCCCGCGCGACCAUGCAAUGGCGAGCGCUUGUCCUGGGGCUGCUGCUCCUCCGGCUCGGCCUCCACGGGGUCCUGUGGCUCGUCUUCGGGCUGGGGCCCAGCAUGGGCUUCUACCAGCGCUUUCCGCUCAGCUUCGGCUUCCAGCGCCUGAGGGGCCCCGACGGCCUCGCGCCGCCCGAUUCGGGGCCCGCUGGCCGCCCCCGGGGGCCGUCGGGGCCGUCGUGGCUGCGGCCGCCGGUUCCCGAGGCGCCGGGCGGCCGGAGGAGGGCUCCGCGGCGCCCCGGGCCGGGCGUGUGCGGCUCGGCCCACUGGGGCUACGCGCUGGGCGACCGGGGCUGCGGCCCGGACGAGUACGAGAAGCGCUACAGCAGCGCCUUCCCGCCGCAGCUGAGAGCCCAGAUGCGCGACCUGGCGCGGGGCAUGUUCGCCUUCGGCUACGACAACUACAUGGCGCACGCCUUCCCCCAGGACGAGCUCAACCCCAUCCAUUGCCGCGGCCGGGGCCCGGACCGCGGGGACCCUUCAAAUCUGAAUAUCAAUGAUGUCCUGGGGAAUUACUCCUUGACUCUUGUUGAUGCCUUGGAUACUCUUGCAAUAAUGGGAAAUUCAUCCGAGUUCCAGAAAGCAGUCAAGUUAGUGAUCAACACAGUUUCAUUUGACAGAGAUUCCACCGUCCAAGUUUUUGAGGCCACAAUAAGGGUCCUGGGAAGCCUCCUUUCUGCCCACAGAAUAAUAACUGACUCCAAGCAGCCCUUCGGUGACAUGACCAUUAAGGACUAUGAUAAUGAAUUGCUGCACAUGGCUCACGACCUGGCUGUGCGACUCCUUCCUGCCUUUGAAAACACCAAGACAGGCAUCCCCUACCCUCGGGUGAAUCUAAAGACAGGUGUUCCCCCCGACAGCAAUAAUGAGACGUGCACAGCAGGAGCUGGUUCCCUCCUGGUGGAGUUUGGGAUUCUGAGCCGGCUGCUGGGGGACUCCACGUUUGAGUGGGUGGCUAGGCGAGCCGUGAAAGCCCUGUGGAACCUCCGGAGCAAUGACACAGGAUUAUUAGGCAAUGUUGUGAACAUUCAGACGGGCCACUGGGUUGGAAAGCAGAGUGGCUUGGGUGCUGGCCUGGACUCCUUCUAUGAAUACCUCUUGAAGUCUUACAUUCUUUUUGGAGAAAAAGAAGACCUAGAAAUGUUUAAUGCUGCAUAUCAGAGUAUUCAGAACUACUUAAGGAGAGGUCGGGAGGCCUGUAACGAAGGAGAGGGAGACCCCCCACUCUACGUCAAUGUGAACAUGUUUAGUGGGCAGCUGAUGAACACCUGGAUCGACUCUCUGCAGGCCUUCUUCCCUGGACUGCAGGUCCUAAUCGGAGAUGUGGAAGAUGCCAUCUGCCUGCACGCCUUUUACUAUGCCAUAUGGAAACGAUAUGGGGCCCUCCCCGAGAGGUAUAACUGGCAGCUACAGGCCCCUGAUGUUCUCUUCUACCCACUGAGACCAGAGUUAGUGGAGUCCACUUAUCUCCUCUAUCAGGCAACGAAGAAUCCCUUCUACCUCCAUGUAGGAAUGGAUAUUCUACAGAGUCUGGAAAAGUACACAAAAGUCAAGUGUGGAUAUGCCACGCUGCAUCACGUCAUUGACAAGUCCAAAGAGGACCGGAUGGAGAGCUUCUUCCUUAGUGAGACCUGCAAAUACUUGUAUCUGCUAUUUGAUGAGGAGAACCCAGUACACAAAUCUGGAACCAGAUACAUGUUUACAACCGAGGGACACGUUAUAUCUGUGGACAAACUUCUUCGGGAGUCACCCUGGAGGGAAUUCUUUUCUGAAGACGGCGAGCAGGACCAAGAGGGGAAACCCAUGCACAGGCCCAGGUCUCACGAUGUGAAAGUCGUCAACUCCAGCUCCAAUUGCAAUCGUGUUCCUGAUGAGAGGAGAUACUCCCUGCCCUUAAAGAGCAUCUACAUGCGGCAGAUUGACCAAAUGGUUGGCUUGGUUUGAUCUCCUGUCUUCCUGGUGGCCUCGCUUUAAGCCGGGCAUCAAUGGCUGACCCCACACCAUACAGAAAUCCAGUCUGAAGUGGAAGGAAGAGGACAGACAUCUGGCCAUCCAUGAUGGUGUCGGGAUUUCUGUCCAGCUGCUUACCCACAGAUCAUUAGUUCUUGCAUACUUUAGUGCUUCUCUUCUGUUAAGUAAAAUACCCCUGUUUUUCUCAAGGGUAUAAUUGGAAAUGAGAAGGUACUUGCAGAUUAGCCCCUUAGGAAAUGCUGGUGUUGUGAAGCACAGUUGAUGGGGCAUCUUUGGAUUGAUCGUCACAGUUUAAUACUGUAGAAUCCCAGUCUCCUCCCUUUGCCAGCACUCGCCAUGUCUGCAGUAUCGCUACCUCUCUGUUAGGGGAUCGUGAAUGAACUUCCACUGGAAAAAGGGCCGGAGGUAACCUUGGCAUCCCUUUCUGUUGCAUCGAAAAUGUCAUCCUGUCUGUCUCUCAUUGGAUAACUGUGCUCUGCCCCAGAUAGCCAACCAGUCUUUGAUCACAUGGGGAAGAAAGUCAUCCAAUGAUUCAUUUGUAUUCCCAAGUAAUCUUCACAGUGUUACAAACUAUUUGCUGAAGAAUAACGGCCUCAUCAGAAUUCUCACUGGCCGUCCCCUCAGUUCUCAUACCACAGGGUUAAGAAGUUAACCAGUAGGUCAUUGGGACAUCUUGCAUUUAUUUUAGAUAUGAACUUACCUGAGGAACUUCCAUAGUUCCAGAACCAGGUGCCUUUUCGGGAGAAAAAAUACCUAAGAUUGUCUGAGCCUUCGUCUGCCUCGUACUUAAUGCCUAAGGAGUCUCAGUUCUGACCGUGUUGGGGUUAGAAGUUUGUUACUUUUUUGUUUCAAGUGUCUAGUGCCAAUUAGCUGAGUCAGGGAGAAAAAAAUGGCCAAGACUUUCUCUCUUUGAUACAGGCUUUAGAUUAGUGCCUUAUACUAGUGUUGGUUUGGGUCACUGGAUGUCAAAGCUGCUGCUAGGGUUCCCAGAGGCUUGUUUUGUAUCACCACAUGGCGGGACCACAGUAAAAUGGGGAUGGAACUGAGUGUUGGUUAGGAAGGCUCCCGCAAAUGGCUUGGCCAGUCUUCACCUUUAAUCUGAUAUUUUAAGCAAGCAUAGACAAGGAUGAAGUUGUGCUAAAAUGCCUUCUUUCUUUUUUGUUACUUCCUUAGGCAGAAUGGAAAUAUCUUUCUUUGAGCUUAAGCUAAGUGCCCAUACAAAGGGAAGCUGCAUUUGAACCCCUAGUCUGGCUUCCGUGGGGCAUUGGAAGUAGAAAUGCAUCCCCAUGGAAGCACCACCGCAGCCUCCCAUAUAGUGUUUCUCACCUGCUGCUGUUUGCCCGCUUCAAAUGAUGUCAUUUUAGCCUGAAAGCUAGAAAUAAGUGCUGUCUAAGCCAUUGCAUUUUCAAUCAAAAGGGAGACAUUUUUAUUCCUUCUUGGAAAUUCAAGGGUUAUUCUUUUUUUAAAGUACAUAGAUUCUAAUUCAGUUCUUUGAGUUUUUUU